AACAACUAACUUAGUGUAUAUUUCCUCCCUACGCCUGUUUUUUCUGGUUUAUACAAAUCCAACCAGAAGCUCUCCAAACAACUAUUCGACCCCGGCUUGUUAUGUUAUAAGGAAUUGUCCAAUAUCGCAUUCGAUCUCAAUGGGGAUACAAGUCAGAUUAGAACUUCACCACCCAUCAGCCAUUCCUGAUACUCCUCCUGGCCUGGCGAGCCCAAGCUCUUCGUCAACUCACACUCCUAGGGCCUCCGAGGAUCGAACUUGGCCUACUAUCGUACCUAUUUCUCCUCCUAUGUCUAGCUAUGAUCCGAGCACGAGGCCAGAUAUGGUAACCACGAAGGACCCCGAAGAGGGCCAAAUACGAAGAGAUACUCUAAAUAGUGCAUCACGACAGCAACUUCCGCCUCUAAGUAGCUUAUUCGGACCUCCUCACCAUGUCCGUCCAGCACUUUCCCCUCUCCCGGAUCGACCAAGCCCUCUCCAUAGCACGCAUUCCCCGAUGGAUAGACCGGAUUCGAGGAGUUCAUCUUACUUCCCAAAUGUUUCCCCGUCUUUAAGCCAACCACGCAGUGUUUACGAGCCGAGGUUGGAGCCUGAAAGACCAAUGCUCCCCUCGGUCUCUGCCCAGUUUCCUGGACCCCUCAAAUCCCCGACGCACGAAUUUGAGCGUUUACAUCAUGUAACGCGGGUAGAGCCUGCCCCUGUUGGAAGAUGGCCUCCCAUGAACAACCCGGAAUCAAGGCGGGCAGAGUAUGUGUUCGAAUCUCGGCCGCCAACUCCGCCUUUUAGGCCGGUCUCUGAGCGUAUGCCGCUACCCCCUCUAAGCCAGCGACUAGGGUUUGACUCAAGCCCACCAUUCAAGAGGGAGAGCCAAAUGCGUUUGGAGCCACCGAAUCACUCGCCACCGUUAGCGAACGCUGUUGCCCCAGAAGGAGCACCAGUAAAAGACGGAUUAGGUCCCAAGAUCUGGACGGGAACUCACUUUCUACCUCGUUUCGUGAAGCAGGCAGAGGUACCUGGGGAAGGAAUGUGCUAUUUCUACGAUGACGGGACUCAUUGCAAGACUGUCAUUGACGGAGAACCUGUUAAUGCUCAUUGGGGUGUUACGAAGGCUGGCAAGCCCCGAAAGCGACUUGCAAUAGCAUGUCUCACUUGUCGGGAAAAGAAGAUAAAGUGCGACCCUGACUAUCCUCGAUGUGUCCAAUGCGAAAAAUUUGGUAGAGUCUGCAAGUUUAAGAAUGCCCCUCGUGGCGGCCACAACACUUCCCCGGUAGCUUCGCCGGCUGAGCAUGAGAUACCUAGACAGCUUGGGCCACAUCCCAGCGCAUUGGAUUUUGGACGACCAAGGAGCGCCUCCAGCACGCCAGUAUCUCCGCGGACCACCAAGAUUACUCACGGCCACCCCUCUCCUGAACUACUCCCAGGCCUACCUGCGAAGAGGAUGAGAUUUUCAUACGAUGAUUAUCCGAGACAGCCCCCGCCACCCCCAGCAACUCGUCUUCCGGCGAUGAUCCCUAUUCCUGAGAUUAAACGGGUAGCUGGCGGUAGCAUGCCGGCCUGGCAACAUCAUGACCUACCCCGGGAUAUUUGCAGGCCGUGGCAGUUAGACCCGAGACCUCACACCCGUGUAUAGCGCCUUAUUCUUUAAUCAGUAUCGCAACUCGAACUUCACCAGAUAAUUAUACACGCGCUUAAUGUCAUAAUCUAGCCAUUGUUGGACUUAGCAGAGGGACGUUAAACGUUUAUUCCGACGCCUCCCUGCUGGAACUCGACUUGGACGAUUUAUUGAACCUACCACAACGAUUAUAUAUGCACCACACUCACGACUGGAUAUAUCACAACGAACUCUCUUCGCCCAGGAGAACGUAGGACGACGAAGUCAAUUCAAAAGCUCAACGCGAGAAAACAGUGGAGUAUUUAGUUGAAUAAACUUCCCGACCCAUGAUUAUCACUGCCAGGUCACGUAUGGAAACGAGCAGGGAACGAAUGCAUGCGCCGAUCGCAAGAUUAUAAAGGAAGAAUCACAACGAAGACUACCUACCCAUGUUUGGACGGGCUCAUGAACUAACCCGGAGGUUUAUGA